UUUAUCUUCCGAUAACCCCACCAGUGAAUCAGGCUCAGUGCGCAAUUUGAGAACGCGUAAUGUGUUGAUGGAAAGAAUGAACUGUAAAACGAACAUAUUUGGCAAUGAUAGGAUGCUUUAGGCAGUUUUGUGCGUGUGUGAUGUUCUGAAACGUAUGUGUUUUACUUUGUGAUUGCUGGUAUUGGAGAUGUGCUUGUUACGGGUGAGUGAUUGUUUUUAUACGUUCAUUAAGCAUCUACAUAAUUAGGUCACGUGUUUUUGGCAAUUUAUUUUGUUUGAAGAGGACCCUCUAGCACGGUUGUGAAAAAUCAUUAUUUACCAUGCAUGAUAAGUAAGUCUUUUUUCUCAAAGAUAUUUGUUUAUCGCCAUACCAUAUCAUCCAGAACGCAUGCUUUUCCGGUAUUCCAUCUAAUUAAUUGCAGCGUACCACCCCGAUGCAACGUGUACAUAACCUCACGGAAUGACUUGAGAUCUGCUAUAAACACUCGCGAUGCAAAUAUUUGGCCAACCAAACAGUGAUAAGGCUUAUUUGAACAGAUGUUAAAGCUGUUCUCAUGAAUAAAAUGAGGCUGAAAAAACAAAAUGGAGCUAAACACAGUCAUUGUUGCCAUACCGGCACGAAGAAACAUUCUAAUAUAGUAUUGCGGUGAUGCGCUCCAAUAGUAUCUUGAACAGCGUCUAUAACAAGUGCUAAGAAAUUUAAUGAACCGGUUAUUCGUACUAACCGCCAUAUUUAGAGCACGUCACGCAUCCUACGAUAAGAAAGUGUUACAACGUAUGCAGCUCUCAUGUUCUGUUAGACACUUAGUAUUUAAGCACGCUUUUAAGGCACGCGCAUAGCUGUUCAUGAGAACGUAACAAUUUAAAGCAAUUGAUAUGCUCUUUUGAUGCACAACACCGAAUGGAUCGAAUUGGUUUGCCUCAGUGCUAAAAUGUUUUACGUUUUUGAUCAGGAAUUUUUGUUUAUUUGUUUCGUAUCGUGCGAUCUGUACGAGUUGAAGUGGAUUGAUUGCGAGUAUCGGGGUAGAGAGGGUGCUUAUCAGAAUGAGAAGAACAUUUGCUGUGUUUGGAAUAUUCCACCGUGAAGAAGUGUCUGUGCCAUAUUACUACAUCUCAUCAGAAAACCGUAUUUUGUUCUAACACCAUUUAUAAUGAUAGUUUUUCCUUAGAGAUGGGCAAAUUAUCAAUUACUAGGAAUGAUGCAUUUGUUGCUGAAGUACGUUUAUUUAUCUUCUCAUAUCAGCGCACUCAGACACACCUUUCUGGUCAUGCAAGGAAUGAUGUACCUGUUCAAAUGUGCAUACACCAAUCAAACGGAUAGAUUGUUUUACUUGCUCAUCAUGUGAUACAUACGUACCACCAUGAAGCAACAUCACUAACCAGGAGAAAUCAGCGAAACAAUCUCUUAUGUUCUGAAAAUACGUUUCAAAGAACGAUCUUGUCAUAAAACAGUGAGCAGGCCAUUGAAUCAUAGCAUGUUCAUUAAUCAUCUUGCCUCCAGCACUAUCCCACUUCCCGUUCUGCCGCUUCAAAAUGCACUUUUGCAAAUAUUUUAUACUUUCGGUUUAUCGCAUUCAAAGCAAUUCCAAGCAUUGAACAGAAUCUAAUUUACUUAGCCCUUGCUCAUUCUCGGUACUACAAUGCUGCACACACGACCACACAUCUACAAAUCCAUGCGCUUUCACUCCACGGAUAAUAUUUGGGUAGACACGCGUGGCUUGACCGUAAACUCAACGACCAACAACAAGUCAUGCAUAACAGGCAGUGCAGUAAAGGGCAACAUUUACUUUGAGGUGCUCGUUAACAAGCCACAUGUAAGAAUAGGCCUGGCACCAAAAGAUCAUAAAUUGUACGGCCCGCUUGGUUUGGAAGAUUCAUACGCAUUUGGCAGUUCAAAGGGCUACAAGUACCAUAAAGGUGUCCGUAACGCGUAUGCACACAAGUUUGGUGCCGAUGAUGUGAUUAGUGUGUUGAAAGUUGAGCACUUCCUUAAAUUCUUUGUUAAUGGUGUUGAUCUAGGCAUCGCAUAUCAUGAUUUGUAUGGUAAGGAGUAUUUCCCUGCACUGAGCUUUUACGAUGGUGGAUCUGUGACUGUUAAUUUUGGGCCGUGUUUUGCGUAUGAUAAUGUGAUUAGGUACGAGGCAAUGGUUUAGUUAAUGGUUGAGUGCGAUAGCGUAAUUAGAUUAUCAUUGAGAACGGAAAAUUUGUUUAAUGUUGAUAUGGUAGAGACAACCUUUGGAAUAUGUGAAUUAACUUAUACGUUUAAUAUUGCAUAUGUGUAGGGAUUAUUGUGACGUAUUUGUGUAUGACAAUGUGAUCAGAUUGGCGUUUAAGACUGGCUGCGCUUACAUCUCAUGACAUGACCGUAUUUGUAGAGUUUAAAUUUGUUGGUGUAUAAAGUGAGGUAUGCGCUAAAAAUGUACAAAUAAUUUAUUUAAGCAAUACUUUGCGUUCUAUGCACCUUCUUCAGCAUUGCCUUCUGUCUCUCUUGCUUUUUCCUUACCAUUAUUACCCGCAGUGCGCUCUUCUGUUCCCUUACCCGUAUCCCCUGCCUCGUCACCAGCACCUUUCUCAGUCUCUUCACCAGCACCUUUCUCGGUCUCUUCGCCAGCACCUUCCUCGGUCUCUUCACCAGCACCUUCCUCGGUCUCUUCACCAGCACCUUUCUCAGUCUCUUCGCCAGUAGGAUUCGCGCCCUGUUCCUCACCAGGUUGCACAACAUAUAUGCGGUAACCUGGCACUGUGCUGCCCUCCUGUGCAUCCUCAUCUGCAGUUUCAUCCUCAGAUUGCCCACCUAACCAAGAAUCUUCUUUGUUAUUAUCCGAACCACCGCUUGUCAUAGUAAGAGUCCCAGAAGAGGAGUCCUCCUCUGACCCUUCAUCCGACAGACAGUACCAAACUAUAGCAGGAACAACUAUCAGGAGAACACAGGCCACUGCAAUAACAAUAAUGGUUAAACAUUUCAUGGAAUGUAAAAAAGAACAGUAUUUAUAUUUUUUGUGAAGCGCACGUGCAAAUAGCCGUAAACCUGCAAAUCACAAGUCAACUACGAAUAUUUGCAAAUAAUUCGAAGAAACGGUUCAAUCAAGAAAUCACCGUGUCAACAAAAUGCACCCUUUCACGUUGCCCCUUUUAGAAGGGCGCAUAUGAUUCGAUUACUGAUCAUCAUGGAAGUAUAAUUUACUGCCAAUGAAAGCAUGUUCGAGGAUGCGUAUCAUGUGUGCAACACCCAGCAUGUUGUAUAAUGAAUAAUAAAUUUAUUUGUCGUUUCAUUUAUGGCUGGUUGUUAUACAAUUGAUGAAAAAUAGUUUUGCUGAGCCGAUUACGCUUUUUAACCUCGU